AUGGCGGAAUCACUUCUUUUCAGCUUCGCGGAAUCGCUCCUACGGAAGCUUGCCACUGCUGCCGUUCAAGAAGCUUCUUUGGGGUUUGGUGUGGAUCGCCAGCUACAACAGAUGAAAGCAACUACAGCACUUAUCAAGGCUGUGCUGUUAGAUGCUGAGCAGAAGAAUCCGCAUAGCAGUGCACUGAGCGAAUGGCUGGUUCAAGUCAAGCGCGUGUUUUCUGAGGCUGAAGACAUAGUCGAUGAUUUUGACUGCGAAGCGUUGCGGAAGCAUGUUGCCAACACCUAUGGUGGCUCCUCAAGGAAGGUACGCCGUUUCUUCUCAACAAGUAAUCCUGUUGUUUAUCGUCUUAGAAUGGCACAUCACAUUCAAGACAUCAACACCAGGUUGGCCAAACUUGCAGAUCAAAGAAGCAUGUUUGGCCUUCAAAUCAUUGACCAUGUUACACGUGUGGUGCAACUGAGGGAAAUGACACAUUCUCAUGUAAACCCUUCCAAUGUUACAGGAAGAGAACACGAUAAAAGGGAAAUAGUAAAACUUUUGGUACAAGAUGAUGAUCGUGAAAGUCUUUCUAUUAUUCCCAUUGUUGGAAUGGGAGGUUUGGGAAAAACCACACUUGCUAAGUUGGUCUUCAAUGACACCACCAUUCAUGCAUGUUUUCAGUUGAGAAUGUGGGUAUGUGUCUCUAAUGAUUUUGAACUUAGGAAUGUGCUCAUUAAAAUCCUCAGUUCAGCUCCAAAUCCAGCUAGUGUAAACUUCAAUAGCUUUGAGACGGAGCAACUUCAAAAUCAUUUGAGGAACAAACUUCAAGAUCAAAAGUUCUUGCUUGUGUUGGAUGACGUGUGGAACGAGGAUCCUGCAAGAUGGGAUGAGUUGAAGGAAAUAAUGGAUUUGAGUGUUAAAGGGAGUAAAAUUUUAGUGACUACUCGUAGCCAUGCAGUAGUUGCUGCGAUGCACACUAAAUCCUCAAAUUCGUACCUUCUAGAAUGUCUUUCCGAAGAGGAUUCUCUUUCUCUAUUUCUGAAAUCUGCUUUUGAAGAUGGAGAUGAAAAAAAGCAUCCACAGUUCUCGGAGAUUGGAAAAGAAAUCGUAAAAAAAUGUGGAGGAUUACCAUUGGCAGUGAAAACGUUGGGGAGUUCACUGUUCUCGAAAUUUGACAAAAAGGAGUGGGAGUCUAUAAGAGAUAAUGAGAUCUGGAAUUCAAAACAAAAUGAAAAAGGCAUUUUUCCUGCUCUCAAACUAAGUUACGAUCAACUCCCUUCAUAUUUAAAACCUUGUUUUGCUUCUUUCUCCCUUUACCAACAGGAUAGCGUGUUUACUGCUGCUGAGGUUUGUAUGUUAUGGGGAGCACUCGGUUUUCUUCCACCACCAAAGCAAGGUGAAUCAAUGACUGAUAUUUCCACUCAAUUUUUGCACGAACUAUGGACAAGAUCGUUUCUUUUAGAUUUUGUUGACCUUGGUGGUGAUUGUUAUUUUAAAUUGCACGAUUUGGUGUCUGAUCUUGCAGUGUUUGUUGGGAAAGGUGAGUUUGAAAGAAUACAUCACCGCAAUCCAAAAAUAUCCGAGAAUAUCCAACAUUUGGCAUUUGAAGAAAAUAAUUUUUAUGGUGAAACUCUUCUCCCCACUAGUCCCAGAACUGUCAUUUUUCUUAAUGGAGGGAGCGAUAAAGAUUUCUUGAAAACAUUGUUGUCAAGGUGCAAAUGCUUGAGGUAUUUAAACUUAAAAAAUUGUGAAUACGAGAGUCUACCUCGCUGCAUCGGAAAGUUGAAGCAUUUAAGAUUCCUCAGUCUUGCGAAAAAUGAAAAACUUAAGGAACUCCCUUAUUCACUUUGCAAACUUCAAAAUUUGCAGACUUUGUUUCUUAAUGGAUGCAUAAAGCUACAAAUGUUACCCAAAGGAUUAGAAAAUCUCAUUAGUCUUCGUCACUUGGCUAUAACCACCACACAAGCCGCUUUUCCCGAAGAAGUGAUUGCAAAAUUGACUUCUUUAGAAAAUUUAUAUAUUAGUUAUUGUGAUAAUCUGCGGUCAUUAUUUGAACAAGUACAACUCCUGACACUUAAAACUUUCCAUUUAUGUAAUUGUGGAAGUCUAAAGUCGGUGUCAUUCCAUGCCAUCAGAAAUUUAGAGGGUUUGGUCAUAAAAAACUGCGACAAUUUGGAUUUGUCAUUAGGUCUUGGCAGCCAAAUCUCCAAUUCAAGGUUAAAGUAUGUUGUUCUUACUGAUUUGCCACAACUACUCACUUUGCCUCAGUGGUUACAAGGAUGUGCAAACACUUUACGUUCCUUACUGAUUCAGCAGUGCAUGAAUCUUAAGGAGUUUCCCGAGUGGCUACCAACUCUAAUUCAUCUCAAAGUACUUGAAAUUGGUCAUUGUCCAAAUUUGUUGUCAUUCCCUUUGCACCACCUCACAAAUCUUGAAGACUUACAAAUCAUUGGUUGUCCUGCAUUAUCCAAAAGAUUCCACCCAAUAAUUGGAUACGAUUGGCACAGAAUAUCACACGUAAAAAAAGUUUAUAUUGGUAGAUCCUUGUAG